AUGGAGAAGUUUUCUUUGUUGUUCUCACUUCCAGAAUCUCUUCAAAUAUCCAUUGCUAUUCUCGUGGCCAAAAGUGGGGCAACCCAGCUCCGUCCUCUCAUUGUAUCAAGGAGACAAGGUUAUGAACUCGCUUUUCAUUCAAAUGUAUUAAGGGCUGAAUCACUAGACUAUCCAGCAGUAACUCCCAUUCUUGUCAACGAAGAUUCGACGUUCCGGUCCUUCAUAUGUCGUUGUGCUCUUGCUAGGAAUCCUAAUGCGUUUUAUCUGGAGAGCCUACGACUAACUAUUCAAUAUGGAGCACUUGAAAAAAGUGCUCAACUCCUACGUAACAUUGUUGCACCAAGUCAAAAAAUGUCUUUUGCAUUUGCCCUCAUUCUCUUUUCUUCUCACCGAUAUAAUGAAGCAGUGGCAGUAAUGAACAAGUUUAAGGAAGUUGCUGGGUCAUUUGACGAAGAUGUCUUUGUCUGUCAGUGCGUUUACUGGGACAUUGAGUCUAUUGGACCUCUUAAUAGGGUUUUAUUCACUACGACAUGGCAACAAUACAUGCUUUUCCCCCCCAACUAG